AUGUCAAACUCACUAGAGAACUGCCUGGUGCAGGGUGGCCGCUUCCGCGUUGGUCGCCGCAUCGGCGGCGGCUCCUUCGGCGAGGUCUUCCUGGGAGUGGACACCCGAACCGGUGAAGUGGUGGCCAUGAAGGUAGAGUGCACAAAGACGUCCCACCCGCAGCUGUUUUCAGAAUCGCGGUACUACACCCUUCUGAGCCAAGGCCGUGGAGCCGCUUACAUGCCAACCAUCUUCGGAUACUCCUCCGAGUGCGAGUUCAACGUGAUGGCGAUGGAGCUGAUGGGGCUAUCAUUGGAAGAUCUGCAUGAAAAGUGCGGCAGCCGUUUUUCGCUGAAGACGACGCUGAUGCUGGCAGACCAGAUUCUGUGGCUCAUCGAACUCGUGCACUCUCACAGCGUUCUGCACCGCGACAUCAAGCCCGAAAACUUCAUCAUGGGGCGUGGCAAAAAGGCGCACCACGUGUACAUCAUCGACUUUGGGCUGGCGAAGAAGUAUCGUGACCCCCGCACGCACGCCCACAUCCCGUACAAGGAGGGCAAGAGCCUGACCGGCACGGCCCGCUACUGUAGUAUCAACACGCACCUCGGCGCCGAGCAGAGUCGCCGUGACGACAUGGAGGGCAUCGCCUACCUCCUCAUCUACUUCCUUCGUGGGUCGCUGCCAUGGCAGGGCUUGAAGGCGGCAACGAAGGAACAGAAGUACAACUUAAUCGCGCACGUAAAGAUGAGCACCUCCGUCGAGUCGCUCUGCAAAGGACUGCCCAUCGAGUUCGCAUCAUUCCUGAAUUAUUCGCGUGCGCUGCGCUUCGAGGACCGCCCUGACUACGGCUAUCUCCGUUCCAUGUUUCGCCGACUCUUCGAGCGAGAGGGCUACCAGGAAGACUAUGUCUAUGAUUGGACGGUGCGCAGCAUGUAUGAGACACUCACGACGCGGCAGCGAAAGAAUCCAGCGAAGCGUGGAAAGAAGCAAAAGUAG